GGCCGUCGAUCGCGGCCGCCGACGGCCCUCCCCGCGCCACUUGGUGGGUCCCAUGUCCACUCCGCUCCGCCGCCUGCUUUCCCCAAUCCAACAGAGAUAAUUUUAUGCGCGCGCAAAAAAGAAAGAAAGAAAAGGAAUUGGAAACGGGAGAAGAAGGAGAAGAACUGCACCCGAAGCAUCGCCAGAUAGAUUGGUAUUGGGCGAUCGAUUGGUCGAUCGGAGGCGGGGGAAGGGGGAGGCCGGGAGGAGGCGGGGAGAUGGCGGCGUGCCGGGGAUUCUUCGAGUGCCUGCUCAGGCUGCUCAACUUCUUCCUCACCGUCGCCGGCCUCGCCAUGGUCGGGUACGGGAUCUACCUGCUCGUCGAGUGGAUGAAGAUAUCCGGGGGCGGCGGCGGGGGGUCGCCGGCGCAGGUGCUCGUCCUCGGCCGGCCGUUGCUCGGGGCCGUCGCGCUCGGUGACAGCUUCCUCGACAAGUUACCCAAAGCAUGGUUUAUUUAUUUGUUCAUUGGUGUUGGUGCUGUUGUCUUCCUCGUGUCUCUGUUUGGCUGCAUCGGAGCAGGGACAAGAAACACCUGCUGCUUGUGUUUCUAUGCUUUCUUGGUCUUAUUGUUGAUCCUUGCUGAGGCUGGAGCUGCCGCGUUCAUCUUCUUUGACCAUAGCUGGAAAGAUGUAAUCCCAAAGGACAAGACACGUAACUUCGAUGUUAUGUAUGGCUUUCUGAAGGACAACUGGGAGAUUGCAAGAUGGGUUGCUCUCGGCGUUGUUGUUUUUGAGGCAGUGCUUUUCCUGUUAGCUCUGGUUGUCAGGGCUAUGAACAAACCUGCUGAGUAUGACAGUGAUGAUGAAAUCAUUGCAAUUGGCCGAAGCCCGACCAUGCGGCAGCCAUUGAUGCAUGCACAAAAUGUUCCUGCCACUGGUGUUCCUGUCCCAACACUUGAUCAACGUGCAAGCAGAAACGAUGCGUGGAGCCAAAGGAUGCGAGAGAAGUAUGGUCUUGACACGAGCCAAUUCACCUACAACCCUUCAGACCCAAGCAGGUAUCAGCAGAAUGGUGCGCCUCAGGCUGAAGAAAGGAGUCGUUGCACCAUAAUGUGAAGAAUCCUUUCAUGAGGUCCUGAGAUAAUGAAUUUUCUUGAACGGGCUAUCUCAGCUUGUGUAGUUUGGUGUUACCGUGUUGUUCUGAGUGGUGUAUGGGUUAGAGAGCCGCUACCAGAACGUUCAUCCUUCAUGAUACAUCUUCUCUCUGCAAAUGCUCUAUGCACCUGUAACAUUCUUGUGAGUGAGGAACUGUUAGCCAUUGACAUCUCCUUAUCGGGGGUUGUUUCUUGUCUGCAUUUCCCCCCCUUUUCACGCUUCCAAAUCCAUUUCCAGAUUGUCGAGAAGCUCUGUUUAAUUUAGAUGUUGUACUCAAGUUUGUACGGUUUGGUUGUGCCGUGAAGUAAGAUGGGGUAGAAGAAAUCUGAGUGUUA